AACACCUCAUCUCGACCAUGAAAGACGCUUCCGAGUGUGACUCCCGCGAUACAAGCUCAGAUGACUUCGUAGACGUCCCGGCACAUCGGCGUUCAGAGGGCGACGGCACUCCAAUCAUCCCUCGCACCAUGGCGUACGACCUCAGCUUGCACCCUCCAAUCAUGGCGUACGAUCCCAAUCUGGACCCCCGAUACAAGAUCCUCCGUACGGGACAAAGACCAGGAUAUGACGAGUGGAUUCCAGCCAGCGCUCUGACUGGCUCAUUCCCACUUCACUCGACCCAGGAUGAUACCAUCACCCAAUUUAGAUGCUUCGAGGAUUAUGCCAAGAGUGCUCAAGCAGAGAGAGAUUUCGCCGAACGCAAGUGCGAGGAGAUCCAAUUCGUUGCUAUCGCAGAGAAGGAGCGUCUGCAAAAGCACUUGACUUUGGCAAAAGAAGACCUCGAGAGCAUGAGAUUUCUCAGAGACCAAGACAAAGCAGACUUAGAAAGUCUGAGGUCUUUCAGAGACAGUAUAUCGCAGGACCUCGCGGAAGCGAAGGCGCAACUCGCCGCGAUUGAGUCUCAAAGGAUCGACCCUACUUCUUCUUGUCAAACAUGUCGCUGUGUUGUCGACGAAAACCUCAGGGUUCUGUUCAAGAACAAAGACCUGGAGGCUCAGCUCGAGCAGUCCGCUCGCGAUGCUGAGAAAGCUCAGGAGUCGAUCGCUGGAGGUAACAAUACCUUUGCUGUUAUUGACAAAGUGAUUGCUAAGCAGAGGACAGAGAUCGCUGAGCAUAAAGCAGAGGUCGAUGAGUACAAGGCAGAGAUUGCUCGCUUGAGAACCAAGAUUGCUGAACUUCAAGUGUCAGAACCUUCGUCUGACAGUGUUGAAGAGAAGGAACGAGCCCAUGAAGGAUCGAUCGAGCACUCAGAGACUGUCGAGCACUGUAAAUGUUACUGUCCACUUAUCAUGCGCAUUACGGUGUGGGUGGGCGGAGCGAGCGGGAAAGAUACCGACCUUGCCCUCGUCAAGAUGGAUCCAGACACACCAUUCAAGGCAGUUCUGGAAGACAUGCGUCGUCAUCAUCCACUCAAGGUUUUGCGUCAGAAGUCAACAGGGAGAUAUAUCUUCGACUCUGAUACUCCCUCUGAUUUGGCGAUGAAAAACGAAGAAGAAUUGGAUUUCAUCCAGGAAUGUGGAGAGCCAUUGUACAUGCUGGACGCUACCACGGAUGGUGCAAAGUCUUGGAGAGGUAAGAACAGCAGGAUU